GCAUCGCUUUUUCUCCUCACUUUGAGUCAUGUCAUCCUACGGAGUACAUGGGCCUCAACCCCUGCGCCUUAGGGCAACCAAACUAAGGACUAGUAGACAAUAGACCAGCCGAGGUCAUCCUUGUAGUUCCGAACAUGCGCUUACUGAGGAGGCUCGCUUCCCAAUAGUGUCCUGGAAAGUCCGGCUAUGAGGCACGUUUAAAGUUCUAGUCUACCGCAUGCUGCUUCUCGAGCCAAAUAAAAUGAAAAUGACAAUGGCGCUAUCCCCACACACCCAACGAAGUGGCACCUGGAGUUGGCUCCAGCCGGCAUUUUCGAUGCAACUAACUCCCUGGAGUCGCAUGCUUGCCACUGCGACUGUAAAAGUGUAAUUGUCAAAGCGUGCUUUUUUAGCGCAGAGGCCCAGUUUCAUCCCCCCCCCCCUAAUAAUGUAUGGUAUCCCGCAGUUGGAAGGAUGAUGUCUUGAGUUACAUUCAACCUUGUGGUUAUCCUUUCCACUACUCCUAGGAAAUGUCCUUGGCUUUCUAGAUUAUGCAUCCUGCUUGAUCUAAUCAAGCCUUUGCUUCACGAUGGUAGAAUUCAAGGGUCGCAGCGAACAAAUCUUUGUCGUCACCAUCAUUUUUCUGGGGAUUUCUUUCAUCUCCGUCUGUCUGCGAUGUUUUGUUCGGCUGAGGUUGGUAAAAGCCUUCGGGUGGGAUGAUAUUUUCAUGGUGUUCGCGAUGGCGUUGAAUAUAUUGUUCGCCUUAUGCGGUAUCACAGGUGCGGUUUAUGGUAUAGGUCGGAAGUUGGAUGACCUUGAGCCUGAACAUGUUGAAGCCGCAUUGUUUUGGUGGUGGCUCGGCCAGACAAGCUAUGUUUUCACAUGUGUAAUUGCCAAGAUUUCUAUCGCAUUGGCACUUCUUCGCCUCACGGUCGCUAAAAUGCAUACGAUACUCCUCUGGGUCGUCAUUGGCGUCUCAACUGUCGUGGGCCUUGUAUUUUGGUUUAUGUUGACAUUACAAUGUCAACCGGUGGAGUAUUUCUGGCAGCGGAUGAGGCCGGGAGCUUCGGGAACUUGUAUGAAAACUCAGCACCUCAUUGAUAUCGCCUACGUUUACAGCGUCUUCGCCACACUUUGCGACUUUAUCCUGGGUCUGUUGCCCAUCGCCCUGGUGUGGAACCUGCAAAUGAACACGAAGACAAAGGCUGCUUUGGCCGGUAUCCUAAGCUUGGGUUGCAUUGCGAGUGCUGCCGUUAUAGUCCGCAUUCCUUACCUUCAUCACUAUAAAGACAGAGAAUUCCUCUAUGCAACAACCGAUAUUUCAAUCUGGUCCAAUGUUGAAGCUGGUCUUGGUAUAACGGCAGGAAGUCUCGUCACCCUCCGCCCGCUCUUCCGCUGGUUCCGGGGAACUAGCUAUGGUGCCACCCAUAGUGUAAAAAGAACGACCGGUAGCGUUCCUCUGUCAAGUAUGAACGGCAACGGGACGCUGCAGUCCAAGAAUGAUCGUGCGGCAGCAACAAGGUACUGGAGACCAGAUAUCGAUCCCGAAGACUCUCAUGCGAUCGUCACCACAGUCCAGACUUCCCACAGUGGGAAUAGCAGUCAGGAGGAUUUGAAUCCUAAACAGCACCCUAUGAACGGUGUCAACGUGCACAAAUCAUUCUAUGUAUCAUCCGAUGAGAUGUAAAGUAUUA